CCUCCCUUGUCAUGACGACGAACUUGCCUGAGAGGAGUAUGGCUCAGGGUGCUGGACAUGAUAGCCCGCGGGAGAAGUCACCCUCCCCCGUGGACGACGCCGUCGAGACUCAGCAGCGCCUGCUGAGCGCGGAGUCUUCAGACGACACCCAGUACGCGACAUACCCUCCCGAUCGCAAGUCCGUGGCAUGGGCGGCGUACGACAUGCCGCAGGCCCCGCCCGCCCCGGAACUGAAGGACUGGGUACCUGUGCCGUUGCGCAAGUGGUUCUGGGUGACACUCGCAAUACUGCUCGUCCUUCUCGCGAUGGGCCUAGAGAUUGCACUGCGGUACACUAAGAGGGCUCAGGGCUGGCACAUCAGAGGCAACUUCAACGACACCGGCGACGCGUGGCAUUACCUGUACACCCUGCCCCCGGUCAUCGUGGCUGCAGCGAUCGCCGCUGCGGCAGCGUGGACGGAUUUCGAGGUCAAGAAGAUGCAGCCCUACAUCGAUUUGGCGCAUGGUAACUCGCCCCCACACCGGAGUCUGUUGCUGGAUUACACGCGGCAGAACAAUUUCAUCGUAUGGGUCUCAGCCGCCCACAAUCGCCAUUGGGCGGUCACGCUCACGACGGUGAUGGUCCUGCUAUCGCUAGCGCUCCAGCCACUGGCGGCAGCGCUGCUCACUGUCCGUGAUGUGUGGCUGCAGGGAGACGAGAAUACCGUCAACCGCAUAUCGUCGAUCAGCCUUGCCACGGAUCUGACUGACAGCGACCUCACACCCUUCCUUACUGCUGCGGGCUUCGCGUCUGCGGAUGUGCUAUACGACCUGAAGGAACCUUCGUUCAUUCAUGAUGGGUAUACUAUUGCGCCGUUUGAGCUUCCCAUAAACCCACCAAACAGCACGGUCACUGCCAACACCACGGCGAUGAAGUCGUCUACCAAUUGUCGCGCCGUCGACGUCGACAGAGUUCACCAUAUCACCGACACCGUGGACGAAUGGCUUUUGAGUGCGGAGCUCGAUGGCUGUAGCCAAAAUUGGCAGGUCGACCACCGUGCCGUCAGUCUGUUCGGAACGGACGCCCUGAACUGCACGUCUGGUGUCGCGCCUCAGUUUGCUCCCGUCGUGUUCUGGUUCUUCACGUACCAGCCUUCCGUAGCAGCCUCGGCGACAUUCUGCUAUCCCUCCUUCGAGCUUCUCGACGUGAGCGUUUCCGUCGACCACGCUUCAGGAAAUAUUACCGCGGUCUCGGAAUUGGGAGAAUUUACCUCCUCGUCCAACUUCUCGCAGUUCGCAGGGAACAUGAGCAGCCUGAACGGAACGCCCUUCAAUGGCGUGGUGUUUAACCUCACGAACCCUGACUCCUACGUCCUCGAGCGCGCGAAUGCGACGCAGUUGACGUUGCCGGCAGCUGUGUUCCAGCAGGCUUCGCAGCGGGAAGGAGGGUUGCAAGCCAGUUUCGAUGAUAACGACUUUACGCCCUCGAGCGAUUCAGUAUACAGCUCGUAUCUGCAGCUCAUCGCACGCUCUAUUUAUUUUGUGCCCGAUCGGCAGCUUAUGUUCGUGGAGGUGAAGUCGUUCAAGAAACGUCUAUUCCUUAGUGAUAUCGCUGUCCAUCUGCUCACUGCCGCGCUUCUCUUGCUGGCCAUUCUCGCGGUUACUAGCCACAUCAUUCAUCGCAGUGACCGCAGGCAGCUGCGCCUCCGACACCAGCCCGGUACUAUCGCCUCUGCAGUAUCGCUUGGCGCGCAGACGAGCAUCGGGACGAUCCUAGCCGACCAUACGAACGCGAGUGACAAGGACAUUCGAGAAGCGCUGGCUGGUCGGCGCUUCCGUAUUCAUCCAACCACCAUGAAGAUCGUGAUGGAAGGCGAGGACGGCUACGACACCGCGCGCACGCCGCAGACAGGUGACCUGCGACGGCGCAGCGUCUUCGCAUCCUUCCAGGAGAGGAUCAGACCUGUGUCGGCCUCGUUGAGGCCGUGAGGUGCUUCAGCCUUCAAAGGCUUGAGCCCCCUGUUCUUCUGCAGACUUGUAUUUUCUACUUCGCUUCGCGCUAUCUAUUGUGUCUAGAGGUGUAAGCUGGUUGUCAUGUAGUCUACUUAUAGUUGAUGAGGUUAUUUCGGAGUGCUGGGAAACAACUCUCGCCUG